CCACUCGGCGGCGACAGAGGCGGGCCAGUGUCCUCUCCACUCCCGUGACAGGAGAAGAGCGACUAUCGAGUCAACAUGGCUGCGGCUCUUGUUCGGUUUGUCCGCGGAAGUCUCGGACGGAAUUUCUCCAUUGCAAGAUCUUCAUGUCUCCUGCAGCAGAGCAGAUUGCAGAGUUCCACCACUGAAACAAAACCCACUGUGCGGCCUAAGGAUGCAGUCGCCCACAAUCAGCUGACAGCGUUUGGGGAAUAUGUGGCUGAGAUGAUGCCCAAAUACAUCCAGCAGGUUCAGGUGACAUGUUAUAAUGAGCUGGAGGUGAUGAUCCACCCAGACGGCGUGAUCCCCAUGCUGACUUUCCUGAGGGACCACACCAACGCUCAGUUCAGAAACAUGGUCGACCUAACAGCUGUCGACAUUCCUUCACGGCAGAACCGCUUUGAGAUUGUGUACAACUUGCUGUCACUGCGCUACAACUCCCGUAUUCGAGUUAAAACGUACACGGAUGAACUCACGCCUUUGGACUCUGCUGUUCCCGUCCACAUGGUUGCCAACUGGUACGAGAGAGAGGUUUGGGACAUGUAUGGUGUGUUUUUUGCCAACCACCCUGACUUGCGACGCAUUCUGACCGACUACGGCUUUGAGGGUCAUCCUUUCAGGAAAGACUUCCCUCUGUCAGGAUAUGUUGAGGUACGCUACGACGACGAACUGAAGCGUGUGGUAGCGGAGCCGGUGGAGCUGACCCAGGAGUUUCGCAAGUUUGACUUGAACACACCGUGGGAGGUGUUCCCCGCUCACCGAGAGGCCAAGGAGGCUCCGCCCAUACUGGAAGCUGGAGCCGAGGCUUCUGAGAAGUGAUCCCAACCCUCCCUCCCCACACCUCUUUAGUGUAUACAAAUACCAUCAUCAAGUUGGGUUUUCGACCCUUGUGAAACCCACAGAAAUAUUUAUGUAAAUAAAAGUGCUUAAUACAGAAAAAAUAAUGCUGUGUUAUUUCCAUGUCACAACAAUGUUACCCGCUGUAGCUAGAGACUGCAUGCCACAGUGUCAUUUUAAGUAAUCCACAAACAGAGCAGAUGGUUAAAAUGUUAGAUUUUGAGAUUUCACAACAUCCCAAAAAUUGUCAAAGUAUAUGAAAAUAAGUGAUUAGUAGCCAUCAUGCGUCAUGAGCUAAUGUGUUUUUAGCCGAUUUGUAGUGAGCAUGUUUUCAGAAAUCCUCAUACUUGGUCUCAAAAUAACCUGGAAUUCAUCUGUCUUUUUGGCAGUUAUUUCCCUAAAUGCACAUAACAACCAAUAAAGUAAAAACACUAAUCAAGCAGAUGUUGCACUGCUGUUUUCAGCUUGGACCUAUAAUGCAUCGACUAAAACUCAGUGUUAAGAUUCAGUAUACGGACAUUGGCAAAUGUAUUUUUAAUCCAAAUAUGGAGUUUAUCUUUAGUUCCUAGAUCACUUUAAUGGGUCUAUUUUUCUUUUUAAAUUAAUGUAGUCAUGUACUGCAGUGUCCUGGAAACUAAAGCAAUGUCACACAAGCAAUGGACAGCUGAUGUUAUCAGGUUGCAGGGUGCAUGAAAGGGUUAACACAUCUCUGUGUGAUUUGUGGAUUGCUAAAAUGCUGAAUUUGGGUAUCACCACACACUGGAACACUUUGUUCAUGAUAGUUUGUGUUCCUUUUCAAAUGGAAGAAGAAAAAAUCUAAUAUUUAAAGGGUCAUCGAUCCUUCCAAAGCCUGUGUCCCUCCCUCGGCAUGCAUUGGGGCGUGGGGGACUUGGUGUAACUUGUUCUGUAUUUAUAAAUUGUUGAUUUGUUGCUUAUGCAGUAUAAUGAAUGUAAACAAAACUGUUGAACCAUCAAAGAUGUUUUUAUUUUUGUUAACCAUCAAAACUGGAUGAGAUCUUCAAAGUCAGUUGAGGCUAAAGCCCCAUUUUUGUUGUUUCCUAUUUCAUCUGUUGAGUAGCCAAAUUUCCUCAGCCUUUCGAGCAGGAGUGUCAAACUUGCUUUGGAGUUACAGCUUCCCUCAGAAGGGCCGUUAUGACAAUGAAACCAAAUGAAUGUU